GGUUUUCCCGGCCGCCGAGCGCUCACUUAGAGAAGAGCAGCUGGGGAAGCAGGCGAGGCGAGGCGAGGCGCGGCGGCGGCAGCGGCAAGCAGGCAGGCAGGCAGGCAGGCAGGCAGGUGUCGGGGAAGCGCCGAGGGCAGCACGCGCGUCCGGGAUGCCCCUCUUUGGGCUUUCCGCUUAGGCAGCGGCGGGCGCAGCGAGUCCAGUCCCCAGGCGCGCCCCCGGCGCUUGCUGUGUCUACGCUGUUUUCUCCGGGACCUCAGGCGCCCUUUGGCCUCCUGACCUGCCGUCCAGGCUCCUCUUCGGCCAGGAUGUCUCAGGGAAUCCCCGCCGCGGGAAGCAUUUUGGAACGAAGUUCCUCGUCCGAGGGGACCCUGCAGAGCCAUGAUGAUGAUGAAAGACGAGUAAGACGGAGAGAGAAGAACAGAGUCGCUGCUCAGAGAAGCCGAAAGAAACAAACUCAGAAAGCAGAUAAACUCCAUGAGGAAUAUGAGUGCCUUGAACAAGAGAAUACUUCUCUAAAAAAGGAGAUUGGAAAGCUGACAGAUGAAGUGAAACAUCUGAGUGAAGUGUUGAGGAACCAUGAGAAGAUCUGUCCCUUGUUACACUGUCCCUUAAACUUUGGGUUGAUUCCCAGACAUGAAGCCCUCUUUGGUCCCUUGCCAAGAUAAGGCUCCCUCCUGAGAAACGUGAAAGAAUGAAAAGAUUUCAAGAGCCUCUACUAUCGUCAUUUUGGCCAUCCUAUUGCAUGACUACACACAUUCUUAGAGCAGCAUAUGCUACAUCUAGUGUUAUCUUGGAAUCUUCCAACCAUCAAGAAUUGAUGCUGAUGUUAAAAAGCCACGUACUGCAGCUUUAUGGGAGCCAAUUUCAGCUAAGCAGGAUAUCUUCAGAGUGUUUCCACUAUGCAUUCCAUACUCACCAUGGAAUAGGAAAUAUUGUGUGCUGGAAUUGCUAGAAUAUGAAAUAUUUUGACUUCAGUUCAGGCUUAACCAUGAUGUAUGGUCCUUAUAAUAAUAGAGAAUUUGGUGGCCAUCAUAGGAAAUGGGGAAGACGGCUUGAAAUCAAAAGGUUCAUUGAUAUGACCAUCUGUAAUCAAAGACAGGGACUGCUUUUGCUGCCCAGCACUCUGAUUUCCUGUCUGUUUCUCUCUCUUACAUUUCUUUUAGUGACAAACACCUCAAGUUUUGUGAAAAACUGAUUACCAUAUUUUUGGAUAUAGCUUUAGGAUUGUUUUUAGGUGUGAAGAUAUUGUGUGGCAUAUCAGGUUUGGAAAACAUAUCUUCAGGCUUCAAAGUAUGAUUCUCUCCAGUGACUAUCAACUUACAUAUAUUUCCAGCUGCACCACAAUGGAGUUGAAAUUGCAACAAAACUAGCAUUUUCUUUGAAGACUCGUUUAAAUGGCGUAACUCUAUGAAGUCCAUGGCAGUCCAAUUCUUUUGGGAAGAAACUCCGUCUCACAUUCCUUUGCCUUCUUCUCUGAUGGUGGCUGGACAAUUUUGCAGCAGUUCUGGCAAGAUUCUUUUACACAUGACCAAACAAAUGUACACAACAUAAAGUAAGGACAUGAAUGGUGGUUACUAGCAGUUGUUUUCAUUUCUCUUUUUGGUGGAGUGGAAUUGACCGAUUGUUUUUAACAGCAGGACCCACAGCACCAGAGGGCAGAGCUUGUGAACGAGUGAUCUUCUUUGCUAUUUUCUGACUUCUCAAGGUCAGCAGUGUGAGAACAACUGCAAGUUGGUUUGAAACUGUUUCUGACAAUUGGGAAGUGAAAAUGAUGUGGCACGGGAGGUUUUAAUUUAGCAUCCUGAAUUUGCUUUGAAAACUCCUUAUGAAGGAGAAUUGGUCACUUUCCAUGGCAGUUUAUUCCACUGUGAAAAAUUUGCUUGUUAAAUGUUCUAAUAUUUUCUAUGUAACUCUGGUAUCUAAACACAUUGGACCACAGGAAAUGGCCUCUCUCCUUCCCCUUAUUUUCUUCCAAUCCCAUUGUCAGGGAAUAGCUAGUAUGCAAGAUGUGCCACAGAAUAUAUGAAAGAACAACAGGUUCAUGAAAAGAAUCGCACAGCUAUUAAGCUGAAGCAACACUUCCUAAAGAAGUACACAAACCCACAUCCCUCCAAGUAGUUACAUUUGAAGAGCUUAGUGGGGGAACAAAGGGGUCUACUGUGUUUUUAGUGAUUUUUUAAAAUUUUAUUUAUUGGUUGUGUUAUUUCGUUGAAUUUAAUCCUAGGACCAAAUCAGAAUCACAAAUGUGAGAUUAUCAGUUGGAUUGUUUGUUUGUUUGUUUGUUUGAUUGAUUGAUUGAUUGAUUGAUUGAAUGAAUGAAUGAAUAAAUGAAUGAAUAGAAUGAAUGAAUGAAUGAAUAAAAUAAAAGAUCCAAAUACAAAAAUAACUGACAAGGAGAGAAUUUCAAUUCUAUUCUCCCUAUCUGCUUCUCCAGUGGAUACCCAUGGCUUUCCUGGGUGUAUAGUGGAAGUAUAGCUCCCAUUUACCCAAACCACAGUCAACAUUCUAAUUUCUUUCCGGAUUUCCAAGAGAUAUAAAAGAGGCUUUUGGGGAAAUAAGAUUGCAGCUGAAAAUUCUUCUCAUUUUCUCACCUUUAUUCUUGUGCCUUUAUAGUUAAUUGCCUUUGACUUGAAUUUUUUUCUUGGCUGUGCCAUUCCAAAUAAUCUUUCCUUUUUUUCUUAAUACCCUACAACUAUAUUUCCCGCAUACAUACAGGUUCUCCUUUUGCUUGUUAUUCAUGUAAUAGAUUGUUUUUAAAGUGGGUUUUAAAAGUUUAAAGUGGUUUUUUAAGGUAUUACAAUAAUAAUAAUAAUACCACUUUAAACCCUUAAAAAUCCACUUUAAAAACAGUCUAUUACAUGAAUAGCGAGUUUCCGUUUCCUGAUAGUUCAACAUUUAAAGUUAAUUGUAUUUUCAUUGAAUUUUCUGAAUUGUUUGAGUAUCUGCACUGCUUUUUUCUCCUUGGGAAGCACUGUAGGGUCCUGAAUAUUCUUCAUCAUUCAUGCCCUUACCUUAUCAUCCUUGAUAAAUUUUACUUUUUAUAUACUUCUGCACCAUGUUUAUAUCGGGAAAACUAAUAAUGCAAUUACUAUGCUUGUUUUAUCAAGUCCUAAGUCUAAUUCUGUUCAGUGGUGUUUAACCCAGGGGUGAAAUGCUCCCGGUUCAGACCAAAUCUACUGAUCUGGUGGUUCAGAGAACUGGUAGCAAAAAUCCCUGGCCCAC